AUGUUCUCGAGGCCGUUUUUUCUCAAGACCCAUUUGCGAGUGCACACUGGCGAACGACCGUAUGAAUGUGACAUUUGUCAGAAGCGGUUUACACAGCUGACGGACAUGAGGCGGCAUCGUAAGCGGCACAACAAACCAACAUCGCGGAUGGAGCGGAGGCCUCUCUCAAACUGUGUGAAAGAACUAGGAGUCGAAUACGAGGAGGUGACUGAAGAGAUCAUAUACGUUGCGGUUGACGACGAGGAUCUCGUGGGACAAACCUUUGAGGUUAUGACGGAAGAGGAGAUCCCCAUGAUGGUGCAAACUGACGACGGAACCUAUGAGACAUACCCCGUGGAGACGGUUGAAGUAAAGUACGAAACAGUGGAAACCAGCCAACAUCGGUAA